AUGAUGUGGUCGAAUCGCGUCCAGCAACCGCCAACUACGUUUGUCGACGAUGUCCCGCUGAAAAUUGAAGCAGACUUCGAUCUGCAAGACGACAGCCAAGUCUUGCAGGAAGUCCGCAACCUGAAGAUGGAACUUCGCGACGAUCUCGGCAUUCCCUUUUCUAACGAUAAGAUUCACGUUCGCAUUUUCCGGGAUGCGGGGACCUUCUCCGACUUCACUAGCCGCCAUUUCCCACAGCUAAAUGGACGCCGAGCUUUGUUUGUUGUCGAACGAGGUGAAUAUUACGUCUACGCGAUUUGGUCGGAGAAUGUCCUGUCCGACCUUCGCCAUGAACUGACGCAUGCGUAUUUGAACUCGUCGGUAGGUACGUUGCCGCUGUGGCUCGACGAAGGUUUGGCAGAGUAUUACGAAGUUGCUGGGGUUCCAGGCCGACUCAAUCGAGAGCACAUUCCGUGGCUUUCCGACGGUAACCAAAGAGGUACCUGGCAACCCGAUCUCGAACGCUUGGCGUCGAUUUCAAAACCGGAACAGAUGACUGGGACGGACUACGCCGAGGCGGCUGCCUCUUCCGAUGUGCAGAUGAUUGCUUUUCCAGAGAUGUGCAUCACUGGGUAUUGGCAUGUUCGUAACUUAAGCCGUGAAUCAGUUCAAGCACUUGCAGAAGCCGUGCCGAGUGGAAAGUCGACCGCCACGCUCGUUUCCUUUGCGGAGCGAUUCAAUCUGAUUAUCGGAGCAGGCCUAAUCGAGGAAGCCAACGAUGGGCGACUCUACAAUACCUAUGUCGUUGCCAUGCCGGAUGGCGAAGUUUACUUUCACCGAAAGCUUCACUGCUUCAUCAGUCCUCACAUGAACAGUGGCGAUCGCUUUACGGUUUUCUCGUCGCCCCUUGGCUGCAAGUUGGGCGUGCUGAUCUGUUGGGACAACAACCUGGUAGAGAAUGCCAGAGCCACCGCAUUGAUGG